CAAACCCGUAUUUGGUGCGUUGUUCGGGAUUUACCAACGACUAAAACGUGGCUGUGUAUUUUAUUGUGAAAAGCAUAGUUUAAACCGGAACACUUUUUGUUUCUGCAACAACUUUACACGCGUUAGCCAGCUUGAUGGGAGGAAAGGGAGACGGGCAGAGACAAACAUGAACAAGUUGAAGUCCUCACAGAAGGAUAAAAUUCGUCAGUUCAUGAUUUUCACACAAUCCAAUGAGAAGACUGCACUGUCUUGUCUGUCACAACACGACUGGAAACUAGAUGUAGCUACUGACAAGUUUUUCCAAAAUCCAGCCUUAGACAGGAAGAAGCUCGAUCAUCUGUACAGCAGAUAUAGAGAUCCUCACGAUGACAACAAGAUCGGCAUCGACGGGGUUCAACAGUUCUGUGAUGAUCUUGGUUUGGACCCAGCCAGUAUAAGUGUUCUUCUUAUAGCCUGGAAGUUCAGGGCUGCAACGCAAUGCGAGUUCUCUAAACAGGAGUUCAUGGACGGCAUGGCAGAACAGGGGUGUGACAGUAUAGACAAGCUAAAAGCUCUACUACCCAAGAUGGAACAAGAGUUAAAAGACCAUGGAAGAUUUAAAGACUUCUACCAGUUUACAUUUAAUUUCGCAAAGAAUCCUGGCCAGAAAGGUUUGGAUUUAGAAAUGGCUAUUGCAUAUUGGAAUUUAGUAUUGGCUGGAAGAUUCAAGUUUCUCAACCUUUGGAACACAUUUUUAGUUGAACACCACAAAAGAUCAAUUCCCAAGGACACAUGGAACCUGCUGCUAGACUUUAGCACAAUGAUCACAGAUGACAUGUCCAACUAUGACGAGGAAGGAGCGUGGCCUGUACUCAUUGAUGACUUUGUGGAGUUUGCACGGCCGCACAUUGGGACCAAAAGUACAGCCGUUUAAUAAGCGCCUCUCAAACAGCCACACAAACGAGAUAAAAGAACACAUGGACCACACUGAGCUGACAACUAUGUUGCCUUUUCAACCCUCAGGACUGAAAUAUUUUACACAGCAGAGACUUUAUAUAUACACGUGUGUGUGUGUGUGUGUGUGUGUGUGUGUGUGUGUGUGUGUGUGUGUGUGUGUGUGUGUGUGUGUGUGUGUGUGUGUGUGUGUGUGUGUGUGUGUGUGUGUGCGUGUGUGUGUGUGUGUUCGUGUAUGUACAAUACAUAUAUAAAAAAAAAAAAAGCAUCUCACUUUGUUGGUCAACUUGUGGUGGUUUGAUGCUCUGAACUGCAUUUGGGCUUUUUUGUGGGUGCUGUAUGUAGCCAGGCAGAAAAAUCACCUUCUCAGUUUCUGGAUGUUGGGAUCGUCUCAAAAAGUCAACACGCACACACACACACACGCACACAAACUAUUGAAUUGUAAACAUUCUUUCUAAUUCAUUUUUAAUUUGACUUUUGAGUGCAUCCGGAUUUUGUUUGAUGAAUGAUAGAUCUGUAACUUGUCCGUAUCAACUUAAACAUUUUUUAUGUUUCUUAAAAUAUAAAUAAAUGUUUCAAUUUGAUAUCUUUAAA